UUUUUCUUGUAAGGCAUGCUGCUAUCCAGGAGAAGCAGCCACCAGGGCAGAGACCAAAUUUUGUAUUCAAUAAAGAGCCUCUCCACCAUGUCAUCACUUCUGAAUUUUCACAUUUAAAAACCUGCAUUGCAAUAUAAAAAGAAGGCUGCAAACCACAGCCCAAAAGGAACACAAGGAAACUGACAAACAGGAAGGAUACCCUUUUGGGGGAGUGACAUGUUAGUUAGGACCAUGCAUAACAAAUCCAUAAAAAACUAACCCCAUAUAGAAUAUUAGAAGUUCUGCUCCGGAAACGUGCAUUUUCCAGCUAAAAUGGCUGCAGGAAAGCAUCAGAAUUCUGGGAAGUUUUUUUGAGAUACAAUUCUUCCAAUGAAUCGAUUAAGGGUGAUUUGUUUAGUUCUUUUUUUCCUGCUUUUCAAUGUCGAUGCGCAAUCCCCUUCUAGCGAGAGUGAUGCAACUUCAGGAGAUGCUGUCUCAAAUUUCCGGCCAAGCCUAGCAGUUGUCAUAGGUGUUCUCUGUGUCAUGUUUUCCUUAACGCUUUUCCUGCUUGUCUAUGCCAAAUUCUGUCACAGGGGAGCAACAGUUCAUGGUGAUCGUCACCCUGGAAUACUCCAUCGAACAAGGUCUCAGUUCUCUGGAAUUGACAAGAAAGUUAUAGAAUCACUUCCUUUCUUUAAAUUCUCUUCCCUUAAAGGAUCAAAACAAGGGCUUGAAUGUGCAGUUUGCCUAUCAAAGUUUGAAGAUAUUGAAAUUUUAAGGUUGCUGCCUAAGUGCAAACAUGCCUUUCAUAUUGGUUGUAUUGAUCGGUGGCUAGAAAGGCACUCGAGCUGCCCUCUUUGCAGGCAGAAGAUCAACACCGAGGACCCAACAAUCUUUACAUAUUCAAAUAGUAUGCGGUUCUUAUGGAAUCAAUCCGAGCUAAGAGAGGACUCAAACAUGGAGCUUUAUAUCCAGAGAGAGCAAGAGAGUCAUGGCUCAUCAAGGUUCAGCAUCGGAAGCAGUUCCCGGAAAAUUGAAAAGGGCAAUAUCGAAAAUGAAGUUCUAAUUCAAGAAGAAGCUGCUGACGAGGAUGAUGACGGGAGGGUCUUCCAUAAGUUUAAGCACAAGAUCAUUGUAUCUGAUGUGGUUUUGAAGAACAGAUGGAGCAGUGUGAGUUCUUCGGACCUGAUGUUCUUGAAUUCAGAGAUGCUUAACGAGAUGUCCAGCAACAGAUUUUCUUCCCUGGAAACAAAUGAUCAUGGGCAGUCUACAAUAACAAGACCAAUUGAAAACAAGCAAAUUAUGAAGAUCAAGGAGGAGUUGGAGAUAAAGAGACUGUUUGAGAGCAAAGUUAGCUCAAUUAACAAAAACAAUCCAGUUUCAGCUCCUGCUCUUCCUUCAACAUCAAAUUUUUCAGCCACUUCGAGUCAUACAUCAAUGAUUGUUAAUCAAGCUGAGAAAAGAUCAAUGUCAGAGAUCACUGCUUUAUCCAGGUUUCGAGAUGUCAGUACAAGAAACAGAACAAGUCAGUCUUUAUUGUCUGAAACCAAUACAAAGGAGGAAAGAAUAAGGCGGCUGUGGUUGCCAAUUGCCAGAAAAACAGUUCAAUGGUUUGCCAAUAGAGAAAGUUCUCAACAAUCUCAGAAUUCAACACAGGAUUUAGAUGUAUGAAUCUGUUGAUUCCUGGAGAAAGUUUCAUGUAGGUAGUUGCAUUUUGUGCGGCAAAGCUACACAUUUCCUUUGAUUAUUUUCCCUGAUUUUACCCGAAUUUCAUUCUGUUUUUUUCUUUUGCUAAAGGAUUAUGUUUCUGCAAUAGACAAAAGUCCAAAAAGAUACAUAGGAAUUACUCAUUACAUUACUGUAUUGAAGGUACAGCCUCUUUGUUACAUAACCAACAGCAACCAAUAAAGCUGCCUGCUUAAUUC